AUGGAGGCUUGGGAAGAGCGUCAGCUGGCCAGCAGCAUGACCAGCAGCAGCACUCUUCCUCCCAGUGUAAGCGGGAUCAGUAAACCUCAAAGCGGAGGCCCUUCCCCUGCAGAGCAACCACUGGGAUUGGGGCAGCCUGUAGUGGCUGGGCUAGCAGAAGGCCUGCUGGACCUGGGAAUAGUGAAGGCAGUGUUUCUGGGCCAUCAGGGUGUCGAUGUUCAUGCUGUAUGUUUGCAAAACAAGCUGAGUCAGAUGACAGUGGAGGAGAAUGGCCUCAGCCUUCUGUAUGGUCUGAGUACCACAGACAAUAGACUUUUGCACUUUGUGGCCCCCAAUCACACGGCACAAAUGUUCUACAAGGGCCUGUCAGAGUUGGUGAAUGCAACCAGGAAAUUAAAGAAGUUUCCUGACCAAAGGUUGCAGUGGCUGAGGAAGCAGUAUGUCAGUUUGUAUCAGGAGGACAGCAGGUAUGAAGGCCCUACACUAGCCCAUGCCAUUGAGCUUUUUGGGGGUCGGAGGUGGAAUAUGGGUACGGGUGGUGGAGACAAGGUUGGAGCCCAGAAGAACAACCCUCUGUCGAAUGAGAAGGCCAAGAAGAAGAAGAAGGUUCUUGUCAGGGGAGACAGUGGGGAUGCAACCGAUGACGAGAUGGUUUCCAGGAAAACACGGAGCUGUAAAGAAGGACUGUAUCGAAACGGACCAGAGUCUGACAGCAUCGACCAAGAAGAUCCAGAAGACAGCAUCCCCGGACCACUCUCCCUCUCAUCCAGUAAAAGCCCCGGAUUGCUAUCCUCUUCCUCUUCUUCCUCCUCUUCCUCCAGCAUGGCAGGGUCCAACCAGACCCGUCCGCAGUCUUCUCCAAUCCUUUCGGGAAAUGCUAAAUCCCAGCCGGGGGCAUGGAGCAGCCGAUCGUGGCACGGCCGGGGUAAAGGCUGUUUCAAAGGCUUUCAGAAUCUCAUGAUUUCUGACAGCACAAUGAGCUUCAUCGAGUUUGUCGAGCUUUUCAAAUCAUUCAGUGCUUUUGGAGCUCAGGCUCACCAGCUCGCCCACAUGCAAGCCCAAGCAAGCAACGGGUCUCCAGGAGUGACUUCACCCAACAAUCAUGCCAAUGAGGAAGAGGAAGAAGAAGAAGACGACUAUGAUUAUGAUUAUGAGUCUCUAUCAGAUGCUGAUGGCCUCGCUGCCUCUACUGCCUCGUAUGGUCUUGAAGAUAAUAUACUCGAUGACAAGCCAGAAGGCAAGAGUUCGGCCGAGAAAGAAGAGCAACCUGCUGAUGAAAUACCCAAAAGGAUGAAGAAAGCUGAUAGCACUACACAGAGCAAAGGAAAGGUGUUCGACAUGGAGCUCGGCGAGGAGUUCUACCUUCCCCAGAAUAAGAAGGAGAGUCGACAGAUCGCCCAGGAGCUGUCCGACCUUGUCAUCUACUGCCAGGCUGUGAAAUUCCCUGGCCUUUCUACUUUGUCUCCGGCUGGCUCUAGCAGGGGGAAGGACCGAGGAAAGUGCAGGAAGUCCAUAUUUGGCACGGCUCCUUCUCGCAGCAGCGCAACAGGGGAGGUCACGACCCAGAGCCGCACCCCUGGGAAAGGUGGUUCGGAGCGACUCAGCUGGGAGGAGCAGCAAACGUCUCCUGUCCUCAACCCCUCCACCUCACUCAGCGCCAUCAUCCGCACGCCAAAGUGUUACCACAUCUCCUCCGUCAACGAGAACGCCGCCAAGCGCCUGUGCCGCCGUUACUCUCAAAAGCUCAUCCAGCACACGGAGUGCCAGCUGCUCAGAACCUACCCGGCGGCCACCAGGAUCGACUCAACCAACCCCAACCCUCUGCUUUUCUGGCAGCAUGGCAUCCAGCUGGUGGCACUCAAUUAUCAGACUGAUGACCUGCCCAUGCAUUUGAACACGGCGCUAUUUGAGGCCAACGGAGGAUGUGGCUACGUACUGAAGCCGGCAGUGUUAUGGGACCGUAGCUGUCCACUUUAUCAGCAGUUCUGUCCGAUGGAGCGGGAUGUGGAGAAAAUGAGCCCUGCUGUCUACUCGCUCACAAUUGUGUCCGGGCAGAACGUUUGUCCCAGUAACAGUGCCGGCAGCCCCUGCAUCGAGCUGGAUGUUCUGGGCAUGCCCGUCGACAGCUGCCACUUCCGUACCAAACCGAUCCACCGCAACACCCUCAACCCCAUGUGGAACGAACACUUUCAGUUCACUGUGCAUUUUGAAGAGAUGUGUUUCCUGCGAUUUGCCGUGGUGGAGAAUAACAGUUCCCAGACCACAGCUCAGAGGACUCUCCCACUUAAAGCCCUCAAACCAGGUUACAGACAUGUACAGUUGAGAACACAGCACAAUGAGUCUCUUGAAGUUUCCAGCUUAUUUAUCUACAGCCACAGAACAGAGGAAGGUCCAGCAGGGGGCGCUACUGCCUCAUCUUUGCUGUUCAGUUCUGAGGAGAAGCAUGCGUCCCAGCAGCACAGGGUGACGGUGCACUGCGCUCCCGGUCCUGAACCCUUCACUGUUUUCUGUGUUACCGAGCAGACCACCGCCAAACAGCUGCUGGACGUGGUCGUGGGGUCAGCGGGACACCCAUCCGAAUACUUUUUGUGUGAGGAGAAGGUUCCCCUGUUGAAGGAACGCAGCGAGGUGAAGCGCUGCCCGCAGCACCGAGCUCUAGCACCUGAGGAGGAGGUGGUCAGGGUGGUGUCCAGCUGGAACACUGAGGAGGGAUAUGUGAGGAGACUGUGCCUCAAAACUAGAGAGGAGAACUUGAAUGAGAAGAACACGGUGGUGGAGGGAGAGGAGGAGGUGACUGUGGCAGGCAGAGAAGGAGCGGGAGGAGGAGGAGGGGAGGAUGAUAUGUUCUUUGUCCAGGUCCAUGAAGUUUCACCCGAACAGCCUCACACUGUCAUCAAAGCUCCACGCUACAGCACGGCUCAGGAUAUCAUACAGCAGACUCUGUCAAAGGCUAAGUAUUCCUACAGCAUCCUCGCUAACCCCAAUCCAUGCGAUUACGUGUUGAUGGAGGAAGUGACCAAGGACGUCGGCUCUAAGAAGUCCUCGUCCACCAAGCCUCUUCAGCGAGUGCUGCUGGAUCACGAGUGUGUCUACCAAGCUCAGAGCCGCUGGCGGGGCGCGGGAAAGUUUAUUCUUAAACUCAAAGAGCAGGUGGUGAGGGAGGACAAAAAAAAAGUCAUCUCCUUUGCCAGUGAGCUCAAGAAGCUGACUAGUCGCAGCCGCAGCAUGACAACUGGCAGCGGAGUGGAUGGCCCUGCCCAGAGGUACCUGUCUGCAGCUGCAGGUCUGAGGGCAUGGGUGACAGAGGGCAGGGUGGGGGCUGGAAGGUUCCUACAGGCCUCCUCCAACUCUUUCAGAGGGGAGCUCCUAUCUGUCCACCUUCCCACCUCUUCUCUGACCCCUUCAGCCUGGAAGCUUUACCUCCUCAGGAACUGGAAGACCCACAAAUGAGUUAUAGACACAGAGAGACUUGCAUCAACUACUUCUUAACUUGGAGAAUUUCUCUUUUCACAAGGUGUUUUCAGUGAUGGUCUCGUGCAUUGUCGGGUUCUGAGAUUCCCUCCUGUCAAAGUAGAAUCCAAUCCUACCCUGUGUUAAAUGAGCAAGUAAAGGACAGGAUUCAGUCCAGGCUCUGUUACUGGGUUAGGUGACAGGUAAUGAGCCCCUUUUUGCUGGGGAGGAGAUUGGCGAGCCCACCUGCUGUCAUCCAAGAGCUGUGGUGGUCGUGGGCUGGUAGCUCAGCUCCUCUUGGGGCAGCUGUUUUUAUUGAAGUCCGCUGGGACAUGAAAUGGCAAACUGUCCCUCAUAUUUCAAAUAAAUAAGAGAGGAGAAAAAAGAUUCCUGUGUCACAUACAGAGAAUAAUUUUGGCUUUGAUGGUUGCUAAAUUGCCAUUGGAUUUAUUGAAAUAGUAAAACACAAACUAUUUGGAGUAUUUAUUUUCCCUUUUCAAGGACUAUGAAAUCUCCACAAGUGACUACGCGCCUUGUGCGCCAGCAUAAUUGUUUGAAUAAAUCUUUUGUACAGUAUGUUUAAAACAAAGAAGUAAAAUCCACACUUUACUAGUAAAUGUUAAAAUGGACGAAGAGAUGUUGUUGCUUCCUCAGGUAUGGGCUCAUUUGGUUGAGGGCAUUGUGAAGGAGGCUGACAAGCUGGCUUGUUUGGUUCUUUCCCUACUGUUCCAGUUUCACAGUACUGUAAGAGCACAUUUUGGGGCAGUGCAGAUGAGCAAAGCUCACAGAAAGACGCAGCAAAUGUGAGGAUAAAGAAUCGGAGGCUUCUAUUCUAUUUAAAUGUCGUAAAAAUGGAAGCAGUUUAUCGGACACUACCGUAUUUGCCCUAAAAAUGUCAAUAUAUGAGGAGCGUUUUAAGGCAGUGUAGGCACACACUAUUAUAUUCUGCAAAUGCAAAUGUGGAGCAACUUCUCACUGUUUUGGUAAAGUUGUCUUGUGUUGGUUUAAAAUGUUGCAACACUGCCUCCAACAUUUGAUGAUUUUGUGGCUGUAUCUCUGAGGAUGAUCUGCUUUGUUAUACAGAGUAUCUUAUUGCUCACAUCAUUGUGCACAAAUAUCAACCAUAUCUCCCCUUGUCAGCCAAGCUGAGCAGUUAAAAAAGUUAAAAAUGUAUAUAUAUGAAUACAUAUACAUUGCUAAUGUAAUUUAAACAUGGGGUUUUGCAUUUUAAUAGUGUGAAUACAAUGCUAUCACCAGAACUGUUUGUUAACCUUUUUUGUGCAACAGUAAGCUUUCUGAAUAUUUACAUUGUUAAAUGCAAAACUGGUGGAGCCCAAAACAUAGUUACAAAUUUAGUCAGACAUUCAUUACUUCAGAGAUUGUUCAAAUAUGGACAUUUCCUCUGUUGGACCUGAUUAUAAUUGAGUAUUUCCUGCAAAUUCCUACAUCAUUUUAUUGGUGCAAUGAUGGUUAUAGCGCUAAGAUCCUUUGGAGAGCAUCCCGGUCUUCUUCAAACAACGUUUUGCACUUUUUGUUUUCCUUUUGCUGUCGUCAUCAAUGUUUUUGUGUUACUGUCUAAUUAGUGACAGCGACUUGAUUGUUAUGGUUAGAACUGCUUCUGUCUUGUUAUGUCGUUGUAUUUAUUACUUUCAAUUUCAGCCCAGUCACAAAUUUAGUUUUAAAGAA